AUGGCACGCGGAGGCGCAGCAUCAUCUCGCGGAAGGGGCAAGUUCAAGAUCUCCCGCGGCGGCGGCCGUCAUUUCUCGCGAGACCUCGACACCCGCGCAGCCCUCAAGGGCGAGAUCAACGGGGACGAAUCUUCCGAGGAAGAAGAGUCUGAAGAGGAGGACGAAUCAUCCGAGGAUGAUGCCCCGACUGCCGCUGAGGAGAAUGCGCAGCUCGCGCCUGAAAUGGCGGCGAUGAAUCUCAAGCUGGGGAAUACGGUGGAUGUGGGCGGAGGGGCGGAUGGGGAUGAUGGGAUGAGCAGGGCGGAGCGCAAGGCCGCCAAGAAGGCGCAGUCGGGCAAGAAGGUGCAGAUUCAGGAACCGGAGAGUGGAUCCGAGGAGGAGGAUCAGGGGGUAGCGAAGCGGCAGCAGGAGAGUAAGGAGGUGGCGGCCAAGGGGAAAGCGAAGGUCGCGGCGGCGGAUAUGAGCAGGAGGGAGAGGGAAGCAGCAGACAAGAAGGCCGCAGCGGAGCGAUACAAGCAGAUGCACGCCCAGGGCAAGACCGUAGAGGCAAAGACCGACCUCGCUCGCCUGCAGGAAGUCCGCCAACGUCGCGAAGCAGCAGCCAAGCAACGAGAGGCCGAAGCAGCAGAAGCCGCAGCGAUCGCACAAGAGAAGAAGGACAAGGCGGCGGCCCGCAAAUUCUGA